AUGAGCACUAGCUACCCGACAGAUUCUCUACCAAUGUUGCCACAGUCGGCGCUAACACAAGCCGCUGCAGCUGCUGCCGCCGCUAUACCAUUCAGUUUAGGAGGUGGUGAAACACCUGAUGCUAAUGAUUAUCCAGUCCAUCUUCCUUUAUCACCAAAUCUUAUGCGUAAUCUGGGUGAUCGUUCGUAUGACAAACGCAAAGGUGCGGCCAUGGAACUCGAGAAUCUCAUCAAGCAAUUGCAAGAAAAUGCUGCAUCAAUCGAAUUUCAUCAGCAGCAUCAGAUGCAACUCAAUCCAGAUGCCUCUGAUAUUCUUACAUCCGGAACUGACAGUGAAAGUGCUACGAACUCACAAACUGCAAUGAGUAACAAUCCUAGUCGUCAACGCAUUCCUGCAAUAAUUGAGCUUUUAGGACAUGAUUUUGCGUGCUCAACUAAUGCAAAUCAUCGAAAAGGCGGAUUGAUUGGGCUCGCAGCUACAGCUAUUGGUCUCAUGCACGACGCUCACUUGUAUUUGGAUAAAUUACUGCCUCCAGUAUUGCACUGCUUUGACGAUCCUGAGAGUCGUGUACGCUAUUAUGCAUGUGAAAGUUUGUACAAUAUUGCUAAAGUGGCUCGAGGUCAUAUUUUGCAAUAUUUUAAUCAAAUAUUUGAUGGAUUGUGCAAAUUGUUUGCUGACGUGGAUGUGGAUGUGAAGAAUGGGGCGAAUUUAUUGGAUCGACUCGUAAAAGAUAUUGUGACAGAAAGUGAAUACUUUGACGUCGAUAUGUUUAUUCCGUUACUUCACAAGUACAUUCGCAUGACAAAUCCGUACAUUCGACAGUUAUUAGUAGGAUGGAUCACAGUCUUGGAUUCAGUCCCAGACAUUGACAUGUUGGACUGGCUUCCGGAGUUUCUUGAUGGAUUGUUCAACAUGUUAAGUGAUGGAAAUCGAGAGAUUCGACAGGCUGCAGACAGCGCAUUGGCCGAGUUUUUAAGAGAGAUUAAACAAACCGAAGAUGUUGAGUUUGGACGAAUGGUUGAUAUUCUUGUGGGACAGUGUAAUAGCAAAGAGAGAUUCAAUCGACUUACAGCUGUGAGUUGGGUACAUGAGUUUGUAAACUUGGGUCGUGAGAAACUCGUUGAGUUUUAUGCUAAUUUGUUAGCUGCGAUCAUGCAUUGUAUCUCGGAUGCUGAGCACGAGAUUAGACAAGUAGCAGAGCGCGCGAAUGACGAUUUGUUACAGCUUGUCAAGUCUACAACCGGAAACGUGGAACUUUUACCUUUGAUGCAAAAACUCACGACAGAAUUGAGUAGUGACCACGUUCCGACUCGAAUGGCAGCAUUGCGCUGGAUUUCAAUGCUACUUGAAAAGUAUCCGAAUCAAUUGUCUGCCCAUAUCGGUCAAUUGUUACCGGCGUUACUUCGAACGUUGUCUGACACAUCCGACAGCGUUGUGUUGCUGGAUUUGGAAGUUUUGGCGCGUAUUUCGCUGAACAAAGUUGAGUUUGAAAAGGUUCUUAACGCCAUCUUGUUGCUUUUCGCACAAGAUCGACGUUUGCUUGAACUGCGUGGAAGUAUGAUUGUUCGAAAAUUAUGUGUGUUAUUGGAUUCCAAGAGUAUAUAUCUCAUUUUUGCUAAGGUUUUAGGCACCGAAGCGAUCUAUCUCGAUAGUCACUCUGACAGUGAAUUUGCUGCAGUGAUGGUACAGACACUAAACCUCAUUCUAUUGACUGCAAAUGAGCUCGAACAUCUUCGUGAUAUCCUACGUCGUAGUUUUCAACCUCGUGCGUCCGAUGAUGAUAUUGCCGUAUUUACAGCUCUAUUCCAAUCAUGGUGUCAUAAUCCCGUUGCUGCUUACAGUUUAUGCUUGCUGGCCCAAUCGUACUCGCUGUCGGCAGCGUUGAUCAGUAAAUUUGCCGAAAUCGAUGCUUCUGUCGGCUUUCUCAUGCAAAUUGACAAACUCGUGCAGUUGCUCGAGUCGCCCAUUUUUAUUCACAUGCGUCUUCAGCUCCUUGAGAUCCACGAAAAGUUUCAUACCGACUUAGUGAAAAGUUUAUAUGGGCUAUUAAUGUUGUUACCACAAAGUGCUGCUUUUCGUGUCUUACGAGAUCGACUUGCAAGUGUCACGAGCAUGGCUACUACUAUCGGCCGAAUGGAUUUGAUCAACAACGUUCGUGGGCUUCAAAAGGAUAAAGAGACAGUGGUGAGCUCAAGUGAUAAUGUCCUAGCUUCGACUACUUCUCGCGUUGAUGUGAAUGCGCUACUUGCUCAUUUCGAAACGGUACAGUCGAAACACACGGAGCUUCGAAAGAAAGGUUUGAACACUCUUGCGAGAGUCUAG